CAGUUCAAGAUGGCGUCCCAAGUCAACUUUGACAAAGUUGUCCGGGGACAAAGAGUUGUUUUACCGGACGAAAUAUGUCCAGCAGAAAUCUGCAUCAAGGAUGGAGUCAUCGCAGAGAUCCGAAAGGGCAGUGCUUCCUCGUUUGAAGCUGGUGUGGAGGUAAUAGAUGCGGGAGACUUGUACGUGAUGCCUGGUGUAGUAGACAGCCACGUGCACGUGAACGAGCCUGGCCGUUCAGAGUGGGAGGGGUACGUCACCGCCACACGGGCCGCAGCGGCCGGCGGGAUCACCACCAUCGUGGACAUGCCUCUAAAUAGCGUACCCUCCACCACCACCUUAGCUGCCUUCCAGACCAAACUGGACACAGCCAGGGACAAGCUGUAUGUGGAUGUGGCCUUCUGGGGAGGGGUGGUCCCUGGUAACGAGGGGGAGCUGCAGGCCAUGAUAGCAGCAGGGAUAUCUGGGUUCAAGUGUUUCCUCAUCCACAGUGGGGUGGAUGAAUUUCAGCACGUCACAGAACCAGACUUACACAAGGCCAUGCAGGCCUUACAGGGAACCAACAGUGUCCUACUCUUCCAUGCUGAAGUGGAUCAACCUAUUGGUACACAGACCAGCACCAGUCCACAGGCGUAUCAGACCUUCCUGCAGUCCAGACCUAAGGCCAUGGAGAACCAUGCCAUACAGCUGGUGUCAGACAUGUGCCAGCAGUAUGGUGUGCGGUGCCACAUUGUUCACCUGUCCUCUGCUGAAGCCCUGCCCAUCAUCAGGACAGCCAGACAGCGAGGGUUACCCCUGACAGUAGAGACCUGUCACCACUACCUGACGCUCUGUGCCGAGGACAUCCCAGACAGGGCCACACAGUUCAAAUGUUGUCCUCCAAUCAGAGAGAGGAACAACCAGGAAGAGUUGUGGGAUGCACUAAAGGCACGAGACAUUGACAUGGUUGUAUCAGACCACUCCCCAUGCACGGCUGACCUCAAACUACUGGACACUGGGGACUUUGUAGCAGCAUGGGGAGGGGUGGCUUCUGUACAGUUUGGCCUGUCCCUGUUCUGGACUAACGCUGCCCAGAGGAACCUGACUGUUCGUGACCUGGUGGACUGGAUGUGUGUCACGACCUCUGACCUGUGUGGCAUGGGUCACAGGAAAGGGUCACUAGAGGUCGGGAAGGACGCUGACCUGGUGAUCUGGGACCCUGAUGGGACCUUCACUGUCACUGAAGACAUCAUUCAGCACAAGAAUAAGGUGACCCCGUACAUGGGUAGGGUGCUGAAGGGUGUGGUACACAGGACACUGGUACGGGGAAACACGGUCUUCAGCAGCGGUACCUUCUCCAGCCAACCAAUGGGAACCAUCCUCCUCAAACCUACUAACUAGGUUAUAUGACAGUCCAAUUAAAUGUGCUGGAAGACAGUAUCAUUUGGAUGAUAUGAGUUGAAAUGAAACUCAACUAUGCACAAAUCAGAUCACAACUACCUCAUUACACAUUGCAACUACUUGAUACUCUUUGCUACAGAUUGAAAAAAACAUGAAGUGGUGCAGACAUGAAAUAAGACCCUGGAAAGAUAGAUGAGAUGAGGAUUUUUCUAUUAGUGGUGUAGAAUAUUGAUACAUAACAAUCCUUGCAAAAUGUGCAAAGAAAUCAGUGCUGUACUUAAUGCUUAUGUGUAGCAUAUGCCUGAUAUCUAUGAGAAUUGUGGUGUAUAAUAGGUUAUAUAAAGAAAGUAAAUAAUUUAUUGUGGUAUGUGAUAUAUCAUUUAAAUGG